GACACCUGGUUCCUCCGGGUGACUCCCCCGGGACCUGAAGCUCCUGCCAAUGCUGCGCCCACCGUACGCUGGGAGCGCAGGAAGAAGCCCGCCAACUCUCCCAAUCCUCCGCGUGCCGGUGCCACUAUGGCAUACCACAAGGGACGUGGCAUCAUGUUCGGUGGUGUUCACGACGUCGAGUUGAGCGAGGAAGGCAUCGACAGUGAAUUCUUCGACACCAUGUUCGCCUGGAACACCGACCGGAACCGCUUCUUCCCCUUGACGCUCCGCCGGCCUAGAGCCCCAGGCAAGAAGCAGCUCGCUAACCAGAUGAAGUCCAAGGAUCGGAGCAAAGCCGAUGAGGAGGAACUUCUGCAGAACCUGAAGGCUUUAGAGGCUAAGAAGGGUAUUCGCAGCGAGGAGGACGACGAACUGCAACCGGAGGCACUCAAGAAGGACGAAGAGCCUGAGCCAGAGAAGCCCGCGAUCGUGCGCUUCGAGAUGCCUCACCAGCGAUUCAACGCCCAAUUGGCCGUUCAGGAUGAUACCUUGUACAUCUUUGGUGGUACUUUCGAGAAGGGAGAUCGGGAGUUCACCUUCAACGACAUGUACUCGAUCGAUCUCGUCAAGCUCGACGGCGUCAAGGAGAUCUUCUACAACGAGCCCUCUAACUGGCACCUUCUCAACGAAGCAGACAGCGACGAGGAGAUGGAUGAUGACGAAGAGGAAGAUCUUGAAGACGAGGAAGAAGAGGAGGACGCGAUGUCGUUGGAUACAGGUUCCCCCGCCCCGACGGAAGUGACCGUGCCUUCUGUCACUCAGGAGAUGGAGAAUCUGGAAGUGGAGGAACAAGAGGGAGAGCCAUCUGUGCAGGACAGCAGACCUCUGCCUCGUCCAUUCGAGAGUUUGCGCGACUACUUCAGCCGCACGGGCGAGGACUGGCAGCGUAUCUUGUUGGAUACUUUGAAAGAGAAGGGCAUCGCCACAGAAAAGAACAUCAAGGAGCUGCGGAAGGAUGCGUUCAACAUGGCGGAAGAGAAGUGGUGGGAUAGCAGAGAAGAAGUCAUGGCUUUGGAAGAUGAGCAGGAAGAAGCUGGUAUUGGGGAGGUUGUUAGCAUUGCUGAUCGGGGUGACAAUGUUGGCGGUGCUGGAAGACGCAGGUGA